AUGGUUUUCAUUUAUGGUGGCUUUCAAGUUAUUUUCGAAUGGUUCAUACAUUCGUACUAUGUGCUCUCAAUGGAUUUUCUUGGAUAUGUAGACUUUUCUCGCUGUAGUUCGCUUGCUUGCAGGUUCAAUGAUUCUACUAUUUUGCUCUUUGAAGCCAGCUCUAGAUUUGCUUCAAAGACUCUCACUAGCGCUCGCUUCUUGGCUUCUCGUUCCUUCGCUACUUAUUUCUCGAAGGAUCACGAGUGGAUUGAGUACACUGCUGGAAAGCCCGCUGUUGUUGGAAUUACUGACUACGCUCAGCACUCCCUUGGAGAUAUUGUGUACAUUGAGCUCCCUGAAGUCGGAUCCACCAUCAAGGCCGGAGACUCUUUCUCUUCUGUGGAGUCCGUGAAGGCUGCUUCGGACGCCUUCUGCCCUGCCACUGGAAAGGUUCUGGAGGUGAACACUGUUCUUUCGGAGACUCCCUCUCUGGUGAACGAGUCCCCCAUGGAGAAGGGAUGGUUCAUGAAGCUCGAGCUGUCGAACCCCGAUGAGCUGAAGGAGCUGAUGGACAAGGCUGCUUACGACAAGUUCUGCAAGGAAGCGGAGCACUAAAUGUUCUGAAUAAGUC